CGUUAAACUAAACAGUUGACAUUUACGUAUCCACGGCGCGUUUCUCCUCACCAUACCGCGUGCUCCUCCCUCGAUAGAAAGCACUGCCCCGAGAAGGGUUACCAUUCAAUACCAUGUCCUUCCUUUUUGGUGGCGGCCGACCUCAGCCGACGUCCGCAGAAAAGAUCGCAGCAGCAGAAAAUGAAGUCGAGAUGGUCUCAGACAUGUUCAAUAGAUUAACGCAAUCCUGCCUGAAGAAAUGCAUACCCGCCGACUACCGUGAAGCCGAUCUCAACAAGGCCGAGAGUGUCUGCCUCGAUCGCUGUGUGGCGAAGUUCUUCGAAGUCAAUAUGAAAGUAUCAGAAAAGAUGCAGGGCGAGGCGGCCAUGAGACAAGGAGGUGCUGGUGGUGGCGGAGGUAUGUUUGGAAUGUAACCGUGUGGAAGAGAUAUCAGGUUCUUUCGUCAUGCCGAUGACCAUCAUCGCAGUGCAUAUGGCAUGGCUUUGGAUGUGAAUCUGUACCCUCGUCAUAGCAUCCAUCAUGGAGGUGGAAUUGCAGGGUUGGAAAAUUGUGUACAGUAUUUCGGCCAGAUUUCAUGUCAGAACUGGUGCAGGACAGUUCUGCUUGGUUUGUGAUCUGGCCAGGGACUGGUAGAGAUGGCGCAGUGGAAAGGGAGCAUCAAAUCUCAAUUCCUACAAUUUGAGGCCAGAUUACCAGUGCUGUGCCAAAUCCCUUGAACCAGGUCCGGCGAGCUUUUAUACCUCCCAAACGCCUCGCUAAACCACAGAAAGCAUCCCUUCUCCAUCGACUCGCAGAUGCCGUUCCAUUACUUCUUGGGCCCCAAAAAGUUCAGCACUCGUGCAAUCCACGAUGAAUUUGCAGGAGGCGUUUCAUUCUCACCAUUUAACUCCUUUGCUCUCGCCUCGAUCAGCAAAACAUUCCUCUCAAAGUCGUCCACUCCAUCUUCCACCUCCUGCAGUCGACUCUGCAAGCUGUCCAAUUCAUAGUCCAUUUUCGCACCCAACACUUCCAUGCGCCGGAAACUUUCUGUCAAAGCCGUUUUCUCCUGCGACACGAGAUCGGACGAGGUAGCCUGUAGAGUCUGAUACUCUUCCAGGCGAUGAUAGUACAGUUCAUUGAGUUCUUCC